GAAGGACACUCACAACUUUCACUCAACUGAUUCACCUCACCUCCUCAUCUCGCCCACCCGUCCGCCCGCAUCGCGUGCCACCACCACCAGACACAGGCAACGGGCAACGGGCACAACGUAAACGUUGACACUACGUUAGCAGCCAGCAGUCAGCAACAGCAGCAGCAGCAGCACACGCCGCGCGCAAUGGCGGCGUCGGGGGCGACGGAGACGGAGUCGGGCGGGGGGCUCGAGAAGCGCGCCGUGGCGGUGAGCUUCCUGUUCAAGUUCCCCGGGAGGGGAGGCAACAAGAACAACGACGACGACGACGACGACCUCGAUGAUGCGCGGCGACAGCGGCCGCGGGUGGCGCUGUUUCGGCGCAGCGGCGCGGUGAGGACGUACCAACACAAGUACGCACCCAUCUCAGGCAGCGUCGAGGCCCGCGACGCCUCGCCGCUUGCGACGGCCUGGCGCGAGAUCCGCGAGGAGACGGCUCUCACGAGGGGGCGUCAGCUGCGGCUCUUCCGGCAGGGCAAGCCGUACGUCUUUCCCGACCCGUCGGUCGGGCGCGAGUGGACCAUCCACCCCUUUGCCUUUAUCUUUACGCCGGACUCUUUCGCAACGUCCUCGUCCCAUGACUUGGACAAAGGUGGUGAUGCUGAUGGCGGCCGUGGCGGUGGUGGUGGUGGGGAUGGUGAUGAAAACAAGGACGGAGACGCGGACAAGGCUGAGGAUCGCAGGGCCGGCCUGCGCCUCGACUGGGAGCACGAGGGAUACGCGUGGUUCGACCCCGCAGACGUCUCGGACGAUCCGUCCUUUGGCGGCGUGCCGCGUCUCAAGGAGAGCCUGCGCCGCGUGUGGUUCGAGAUUGACCUCGGCCGGGACGCCGCCAGCGUGCUCGACCGGGGCCUGCUCAUGUUGCAGGCGGACCAUGAGAGCGGCGCGCGCCAGCUCGCCGGCAAGGCGCUUGAUGUGUUUACAGACGUGCUGCCGCGGCUGCCGCUAAACAACACGGACGACGGCGGCGGUGGCAGCGGCAUCGACACGUGGUGGCGCAACGUGCGCAUCGCGGGCUGGCAUCUGUGGAAGAACGGGCGCGAGGCCAUUGGCGCGCCUAUACUCAGUGUGGUGCUGGCCUGCCUCGGCAUCAUCGAGGAGAAGCUAUCUGCUUUACCGCCGUCGCCCUCACCGUCGAUGCCCUCACGUGCGUUCAUCGAGGACGACGUGCUGCCCGCGAUGCGGGCCCAUGCCGCGCGCAGGACCGAGACGGGGAACGCCAUCGGCGAGACGUUUGCGCGGUUCCUGCGCGACGAGUUUCCUGACUACGCAGCUGAUGACGGUGACGACGGCAGCGGCGAUGGUGGCAAGGAGGUCAAGAUCGUGACGCUGUCAUGCAGCUCGACCAUCACGGCGGCCCUCACGCAUGCCAUCGCGCAGCCGGGCACGCCCGCGCUGGACGUGCACGUGCUCGAGUCGCGGCCGCUGUUUGAGGGCGUCAAGACGGCGCGCGCGCUGGCAGCGGCGGCGGCUGCGCUUCGACAAGCAGCAGAGGAACAGGAUGGCAGCGGUGGCGGUAGUGGUGGUGGUGGUGGUGGUGGUGGUGGUGGUGGCGAUCAUGGUCAUAGUCGUCGUCGUCGUCGAGGAGGAGGAGGAGGCGUAACGAAGGUGACGCUGCACACAGACAGCAGUGCCGCCAUCGCGGCCCGGGGCGCGCACGUGGUCCUCCUGGGCGCGGACGUCAUCUCGCCGCGCGGAGACGUGAGCAACAAGACGGGGUCUCUGCCGCUCGUGCUGUCCGCGCGGCACGUCAACUCUGCGUCCUCGUCCUUUUCCCCCCUCUCUUCGCACCCCUCUUCCUCCCCCUCCCCUUCCGUCGUCUCACAGGCGAGCCAGUGCCAGCAGCAGCAGCAGCAGCAGCAGCAGCUCCCCGUCAGGGUCGUCGUCCUCGCCGAGAAGGAGAAGGUUCUGCCCUUUGGGCUAGACACGCGCGCGCACGCCGAGGAGAACAACGACCCUCGCGAGGUGACCGCCGCGUGGGGGGACGGCGGGACUCGCUAUGGCGGCGAGGAGGACUGCAGCAGGGAGACGACAACAACAGCAGCAGCAGCAAGCCAGGAGGGCAUUGGAGGAAGGGGGCCCACCGACCCCGGCAUCGUCGAGGUCACAAACGUCUACUUUGAGUGGGUGCCCGCCGCGCUGGCGACCGACUACGUGACCGAGGACGGCGUCACGACGCGCGCGGGCAUCGAGGAGUGGGCGGCGCGGGCGAGGCGGCGGGCGGAUCGGUUUUUGGGGGAUCUGUGAGAAUUCGUUGUGUUGACAUGUCACGCCUUGGUGAAAACACUUUGUUUGAGGACCUGGAAGAAGAAGAACAAGGGAAAAUAUUGCCACCGGAGGGUCAAAAGCUGCGGUAGGUCCGAGGUUGUUGAUGAUAUGAUUGGGCUUCUCUCCUCGUUCAUCAUGCAUAUCGUAGUGCGCAAUAAUUGGUAUUCGCACAGCCAACG